AUGCCAACAGCAAUCACAAUCAACUCUAUAAACUUUGAAACUCUAACAGAAAAAGAAGUUAAAGCAUCAAUGGGUUCCGAACAAGGAAGAAACGAGAUUGCUCGUGCUAUUACUAGCAUGAUGGAGGCAAAAAAUAGAAUGGAAAGAGAGAAAAAAGCGAUCGUUGAAAUGGUAAUGCCAUGUGAGAGUAGUAUUAGUAGUAGUAGGGCAAAGCAGUAUACACUAGUCCAUGAGAAUUUAGUUAGACUAACCUAUAGAUCAGCUCCAGCAGUCUGCAACAUAGUCACCAACCUAGAGCAAGGAGAAGAAGAAAAGACAAAGAGAUCAUUUUUUGAUCGAUGCAAAUCAAUUCUACAAACACUUUGGAAUGGACUAAAGGCAAUUGGAAACUUUCUUUUCCAAGGUCUCAUGUCAAUUACAAACUGUUCAACCAUGGAUGGUAUUUCAAGAAAAGGUAAAGAUAUUGCCAAAUUACCUAAUCUUAGAAUGAUAUCAAAGUAUGCAAUGCCAUGGGACUUUAUCAAAAAUUAUCUACCCAACAAGGACAGUGUAUUGGCAAAGAGAAGAUGGUUUGUUAUUAGUAAAUAUUUGUCACGUCGAAAUGCAACAUUGGACACUCUCAAACAUCUAUUGGAAUGGUCACCAGACUAUGAUCCUGAAAAUCAAUUUGAAGAUCCUAGCUAUAUUCUAUUGAUUAACUAA